AUGGGAUUAAUAUCAUCUUUAUGUUGCGCAGAAGAAAACAAUUUAGAAGAUCGAAAUAUAACUAAUCAAUCACAAAGAUAUAAUACAAAUAGGAAAAGAAAUAUUGGUAAUACUACUACUAAUAAUAAGAUUGGUCAUACUACUACAAAGAAUAAUAACAAUAAUAAUAAUAAUAAUAUAACUAAAUCUAAGAGUUCUAAUACUACCAAUUCAAAUUUAAUAAUAACAACUACAACAACAACAAAUAUUAAUAAUAAUAAUAAUAAUAAUAAUAAUAAUAAUACCGCAAUUGUUGCUACUGCUACUACAACAAAUAAUUCGAUAAUUACAGGAAGCGCGAAACAAUUAAAAAAUAAAAGGGGUACUUCUAAUAUAUCAAAUACUAACAGCACAACUAUUCCAAUAGAUUCAAAACAGUCUAUUGAAGAUCAAAAUAAUAGUAGUAUAGGUAGUAUAAGAACAUCAACAAGUAAAUUCACUGAAUCUUCAGAAAAGGAAAAAGAUAUUAUUGAAAGGAAUUCUGACGAUAUAGAAGCUGACGAAGACGAAGAAGAUAGUACUGAAAAGGAAAAGACAAGUACAAAAAUGACAGCUUAUUAUAAUUCCGAAUCUUCUCAAGGUAAUGAACAUUCUUCUUAUGCAGAUACAUUUGAUGAUGCUAAUUCGAUGAAAAUAGAUGGAAAUUCUAAUGUGAUAACGAAUGUUAAUAACCAAAAUGAUAGUAGUAUAGUUAAUAGUAACAAUGAAGAUGAUUAUGAUAUGAUCGACAAAAAUCAUGAUAUAACAAAUGCUUCUACCCCUAUUGUAAAUGAACAAUCAUUAGAUAAAGAUAAUUCCAUACCAUUAACUCAAGAAGAACCAGGUGUACCUUUACAACCUUCGAAUGAACAAUUAUAUGAACAACCAACAGAAUAUUCUAAUAAUACUAAUAUUAGUCCGUCAGAUAAAGAAACUGAACAACAACUAUAUUCUAAUGCUAAUGAUGUACAAAAUGAUAUGGACUAUAAUAUGGUGUCAAAUUAUGAAGAUUCUGAAGAGUAUGUUGAUUUGACUGAAUUACAACCAGAUCAAUAUCAUGCUGCUGGGUUUAAUACUCUUUUACCACCUAUAACGAAAUCUUUUAAACAUAAGAAAUGCUUAGUAUUAGAUUUGGAUGAAACAUUAGUUCAUUCAUCAUUUAAAUAUUUACGUUCAGCAGAUUUUGUUUUACCUGUGGAUAUUGAUGAUCAAAUACAUAACGUUUACGUUAUAAAAAGACCAGGUGUUGACGAAUUUUUAAAAAGAGUUGGCGAAUUAUACGAAGUUGUAGUAUUUACAGCGAGUGUUUCCAGAUAUGGUGAUCCUUUAUUAGAUAAAUUGGAUAUUAAUAAAGCUAUUCAUCAUAGACUCUUUAGAGAGGCUUGUUACAAUUACGAAGGAAAUUAUAUUAAGAAUUUAUCUCAGAUUGGUAGACCUCUUUCAGAUAUUAUCAUACUUGAUAACUCUCCUGCAUCAUAUAUUUUCCAUCCUCAACAUGCAAUUCCAAUUUCUUCGUGGUUUUCUGAUACUCAUGAUAACGAAUUAUUGGAUAUUAUACCAUUAUUGGAAGAUUUAUCCAAGAGAAAUGUUUUAGAUGUAGGGAAAGUUUUGGAUGUUUCAAUAUGA